UGAUCCAUGUAUCAUAUGCACGUCAUCAACUCAUGAGUUGUAUGGGAUCAGUUGCAAUUGGUAAAAGUUGUCCAGAUUCAGAAAGUGGACGCAACUUACAAGGUACUCAUCAACCCAAGCACAGACAACACUGCUUCCUGUUUUCUGUUCACUGUUCUCUGUUUCCACCUCAAGCAUGGGUGGCGACCACCACGCAUCUCUUGAAAGCCAUCCUCAUGCCGAAUGAGGGCCUAUUCAUUAGGUCGUUGCUUCUGACUUCACCGCGUCUGCACAAUGCCACAAUAGCCCGCCAAGUCGAGUCGCGCAUAUAGAAAGCAUCCGUUACCCCGUCAUAUUGCUAAAGCGGAUCACAGCCGCCGGCUCACAGCGAAUACAAAACGCUCCAGCGUGCCACAAUGAGUCGGGUGGUUGAGUUCCUGGGCGGCAUCCGGAGUCUCGUCCUGGAGCAAAACAGCGACGAGCUCCGCAAUUGGCUCCUGGUCGAACCCGAUGUUGCCGAUAUCUACUACGAAAUGGGCGAGCAGCUCAGGUCCGGCUUCCCGCGCGACUCCCCCGAACUCGAGAAGCUGGUCGAGAAGCACCUGCCAGAAGAGGACAGCGUACCCGAGGGCAAGGGAUCGCCUUGGCCCGGCUUCAACUCAUUCGUCAAGGAAUACCUCGAGUAUUGGCGCGACGUCGAUUUCGAGGAUGCUGUACAUGUGCACGCUCAGCUGAGCGGCCUUCUGAUCACCUGCGCAAAUGCGCUUGCCCACCCUACCUACGGCACCAUGCUGCUGCAGACCAGCAUGUCGCUCUCCGAGUCGCUGUCCAAGUUGGUUAUGAGCCUCUCGAGACAUCCUCAACUCCGAGCGGAGAUCGAGGGUUACAUGGGUGGCGAUGAGGCGGGCGAGAAGAAGUCCGUCGUGGAGCUAGCAGCCGACAUCAUCCAGCACCUGUUCACUUCCUGCCUGACGGACCGCUCCAGCACAAGGUGGUCGCAGCCGAAAGGGAAGAAAGUCGCCGUUUACCUCUUUGCAAACCUCACUCUGAAGCUCCUGUUCGCCUGUGAUAAGUCCCGGCUCGCAGUGCAGAUGUUCACCAACCUCUCGUCGAGUGGUCCCGCGCUCUCACUGUACCCGGCAUCGCAGCGAGUUACCUACCUCUACUACCUGGGGCGUUUCCACUACGACCACGGCCACUAUUUACGAGCAGACAUGUGUUUGGAGGAAGCGUACCGCCAAUGCCAUCCCCAGUUCUACAAACACCGCCGGCAAAUCCUUACCUACUGGAUCGCGACCAAUCUUCUCCUUGGCCGAUUUCCCUCCCGGACACUGCUGCAACGACCCGAGGCUGCUGGACUCGCCGAAAUCUUCCUACCUAUCUGUGCCGCGAUCCGGUCUGGGAACUUUGUCGCCUUUUACGACGCGCUCGACGCCAACCGUGACUGGCUGUGGGACAGGCGCUUCUACCUCGACUUCCUAUACAAGCUAAAGCCCCUGCUCUGGCGGUCCUUAUCGAGGAAGACAUUCCUCCUCACAUGGCAGGGCUCCACAGGCGGCUUAAGCAACCGGGCCGCUUCCUUAUCACUGGACGACCUCGUCACGGCGGCCGGCUACGUGCAAAAGCUGCUCGAGGGCUACGUGCCACAGAAAGCCGGGCCGCGGGCAAACUCAUUGCUUGUCGCGCCGCCAGGAGGGCCCCGCCAUCUGAUGCCAUCCGAAGGGCUCAUCUUCGGCAACAGGGCGCCAAAUAUCUCCAACGUUGAGUCCGUCGUUGCGGGUCUUGUGAACUCGGGCCUGCUCAACGGCUUCAUUGCGCGCCAGCAGAAGCGGUUUGCCAUCGAAGGCGCCAAGAAAAAAGGUGGCAACGCUGUCGUUGCUGGCUGGCCGAAUCCGUACCAGAGUAUCAUGGAGCGGUUUAAGGAGGCGUAUCAAGAGGCGCUGGAAGCGUGCGACAGUGGGGAGACUAUGGAAUCGCCUGGAGAGAUGGAUGAUGUCCCUGGCUGGGUCCGGGACCCGUCAUAAGUCUGGAAUAGAGGGCAAAGGAGUGUUUCGGACGGUCGGACAGGCCGCAGGAGUGUAACGUUAUAUAUUACCCGUGGUUGUUAGGCACCUUAAUUGGGCCAUAGCACAACGCUCAUCAAUAUGAAUCGAAAAGCCUUUAUGCAUGUCGUA